AUGCGCUCGUCCGCCGAGGUGACCGUCAUCACCAUCGUCGUCCGGCUGACAGCCGUUCUAAUGCUACUGAUGGCGUUUGCGCACCCAGCAAUCGCCAUGGGACAACUCCAGGGCCAGUACAACGGCCCAUAUCCAGACAUAUGCCCCAGAUCUAUCCGUCUAUUAUUAUUGAUACCUAUAAAAUGUUCUAAGACAGUAUCAUUGUCUAUUUUAUUAGUUAAAUCUCUUUCAAUGUUUAAUAAAGCUAAAUUUGAAAAGCGGUCUUGUGACAUUGUUGAACGAGAUUUGUCUAAUACGGAUCCUCAGAAUUUUAUUUACGUAGAGUUAAAUGCAAUAUUACAAGCAAAUGCAGUUGUUCUUGCUCAAUUGUUUAAAUUACUGGGUAAUCAAGCUAAAUUCAAAUAUUAUAAUGACAUCGGUCAUCGCUUUCAGAUUGGAAUAAACGCGUUGUUGUGGAACGAAGAAGAAGGUAUUUGGUUAGAUUAUGACUUAACCACUAAACUGAGUCGUAAGUAUUUCUAUACGUCCAAUUUUGCCCCAUURUGGACUGGUAGUUACGAGAGAAAACUUAGAACGUAUUAUGGAAAACGGGCAUUGGACUAUUUGAUAGUUAACGGUGUUAUCAAUCAAGAUGGAACUCCAAAACUCAUUUGCGUACCAACAUCGAAUGUGAAUUCAUCUCAACAAUGGGACUAUCCGAAUUGUUGGCCUCCACUUCAAGCCAUGGUGAUCCAAGGUUUAGAUCGCACAAACUACAAACCUGCACAAACUGUUGCUAUAAACUUGGCAAAGUCAUGGAUAAACACUAAUUACGUUGGAUAUAUAACCAGUGGAACUAUGUUCGAAAAGUACAGUGCACUUGAAGUGGGCACAACCGGCGGGGGUGGGGAGUACACACCUCAGACAGGAUUUGGAUGGACAAACGGUAUCGUGUUCGAACUGUUCCGGAGAUGGGGACACCUAUUUCGAUCUACUUAAAUACCAUACUACUGAAACGACCAUAUUAUAUUCAUAUUGUGUAUAUACUAUAUAUAUAUACAUAUAUAUCUACGUAAUACUUUUGUAUUUUAC